AUGGAACGCAUCUCCUCCAUCGUGAAGCACCUGAACCCGGGCUCGGCUCUGAACCAGAUCCAGGCCAAGAACCCCGACGAUGUGGUCAUCACCCUCGCUGCGCGCACACCCCUGACCAAGGCUCGCAAAGGUGGUUUCAAGGACACCUCGCUCGAGUACAUGAUCUUUGCGCUCCUCGACCAGGUCCGCGAGCGCUCCAACCUCGACCCGGCUCUCGUGGAGGACAUUCGCAUGGGCAAUGUCUCCGACGGCAAGGCCGCUUACAAGCUCCGCGCCGGGCCCUCGCCGCCGGCUUCCCCAACACAUCGGCGGCGUCGUCCGUGA